AUGCCUACCACAAGCACCGCACCAGAGUCCUACACGGCCCUUCCGUUUAAAACAAUACGUAUUUCUCAUAUUCCAGAAACCUCUUCCAUACCUACCAAGGUAGUCCUACUUAAGCUUAAUCGCCCACGUCAGUUCAACGCCGUCACAAAUGAGAUGAUCGAGGAGUUGAUCACUGCAUACAAAUACUUCGAAGCCGACGACCGGAUCAAAGUAGUAGUUGUCACAGGGUCGGGACCAGCAUUCUGUGCGGGCGCUGAUCUGCGAGUUGGAUUUUCUACGUUACUUGAUGAUGUCAAGAAAGACCCUUCCAAGAUCGAGUCGCACAGGGACGGAGGCGGCCGAGUUGCUCUUGCCAUCCACAACUGCUCAAAGCCCACCAUAAUGGCCAUCAAUGGACCAGCGGUUGGGUUCGGAAUCACACUAACUCUACCAGCGACAAUCCGAGUAGCGUGCGCCAGCUCCAAGAUUAGCUUUGCCUUCUCGCGCCGCGGCCUAUCCAUGGAGGCCUGCAGCUCGUUUUUCCUCCCAAAGCUGGUGGGAACGUCGCGCGCGUUGCAUCUGUUGACAACUGGAGCAACUUAUCUCGCAUCUGAUCCGUUGCUCAGCAAUCUUUUCUCGGAUAUAUUGCCGACUCCGCAAGAGACAGUUGCUUCAGCGCUCAAGAUUGCGGAAGAUAUUGCAGCAAACACAUCUACAGUGAGUACGAAGGUGAUGCGCGAUUUGAUAUAUAGGGCUCCGAGGAGCGUUGAGGAGGCACACCUAUUGGAAUCGAAGUUGUUUCUUAGGAUGCUGAUAUCCAAGGAUAGUGCGGAGGGUAUGAAGAGCUUUUUGCAAAAGCGAAAUGUAGAUUUUAGAGGGAAUAUGAAGAGAGAUGCGCCGGUCGGUUGGCCGUGGUGGGAGGCAGUUGAUGGGGCAUUAAAGACUAAACUAUAG